AUGUCGAUGAACUUGAUCAUUGACGUGAACAACGGACAAGUUCGUUUGAAUGAUAUUUAUUUGGAUAAACUCAAGACAUUUAAAACCAUGACUGAUAUGAAUUCGGCCUCUUUUCGAAAUGCUGAAGAGCCUGCACCGUCCGAUCAUCGAACACGACGGCAUCUCCUGCGCCGCGGAAGACAAGGUGACUGGGCAGUCUGGACCCUAGACUCAAAGCCCUAG